GGUUGGGGAGGGCGCAUGUGCUCUGCCUCUGUCACACACACGCAGAAAGAGAGAGAGAGACCCUGAGCAACACCAGCAGUACCAGCAGCAGUUCACCGUCUGAUCUACACAUGUCUGGACCCAGCAGCAGGACCCUCUCACCCUGAAGCCAUGGUUCUGCCGCUCCACGCUCCGUCAGCGCGCAACUGAGGCUCACGGACACCAGGGGGGAACCUGACCCGGGUGGGGGGAACGCUUUGGAGCGACUUAACAGUGAUUUGUUUGUGACCAUGGAGACUUUGUUCUACCUUCUCGCCUUCGUGCUGACCCGGUGGUGUUCGGGUCUCGGAUAUGCCGCCGAGUCCAGCAUCCAGGCGGGUCAGAGAGCGGCGAGCAGACACAGGAACUGGUGUGCCUAUGUGGUGACGAGGACAGUAAGCUGUGUUAUGGAGGACGGAGUGGAGACGUACGUCAAGCCAGACUAUCAGCGCUGUACCUGGGGCCAGUGUCCCCGAGUGGCCUACCGGACCUAUAGGAGGCCAAGGUACAAGGUAGCUUACAAGAUGGUGACGGAAAUGGAGUGGAAGUGUUGCCACGGUUACUCAGGGGAAGACUGCCACCAAGGUCCUCACGGGACCGUUGACACUCGGGUCAACGGAGGACAGACUCAAACCACACAGACCGGGGGUGGAAAGAAGGGUGAGCAAGGCGAGAGCGAGAGAAUCCAGCAGCUGCAGGACACAAUCACCGGCCUUAAAAAAGAACUCCACAACAUGAAGACCACCAUUGAUGGCAUCAACCAAAAGCUUCCCGGCCUGAAUGGGGCAACUGUUGCCGCGGAUUCAGCUCAGCCAUUCAUGAAAGAAACCAUCAACAGCAUCCAAACUAAGCUGGACCAUCUCUACAACAGAACGCAGGUCCACGAUGAGACGCUGGUGACCAUCAACAACCAUUUGGUGAACGGAGGUGGAAAUGAGUUGGAUGGUAAAGCUGAGACAGGCGGAGGGAACCAGCUGAACACGCUGAAGGAGGAGAUCCUGACCGAGCUGGAGCGACGGGUCUCUCUGUCCUGCUCUUCCUGUCAGGCCGGUGUGGAGGACCUGAGACGACAGCAGGCUGAGGACAGAGAAAGGAUCAGCGCCUUGGAGAAGAGGAUCAGCUCCAUGGACCAACACAUCAGGCAGAACUUGGAAAUCUUCCGCAGAGAAAACGAGCACUCCCAGGACUGCUGCGGCACCAUCACCGACCUGGAGAAAAGGCUGUCGAAUGUAGACGUGCGACUCACGUCCACUUCAGACAAGUGCGACAGCAUCAAGGGGCGGCUGGAUAAGGAGCUCGCGGGGACGGGUGGAGGAAAGGGACGGGUCACUGAGGAUCGUUUUAACAGCAGGCUGAGAGAACUGGAAAAGAGGCUGAAUACCACAUUGAGGAAGACAGAGCAGAGGUGUACUAACACUGGGAGCAACCUGAAAGAAACCAUCCAAAGAGAUUUUACCCAGCUGAGUAAUACGGUCCUUGGUAAGCUGGACGACCACACCUCUAAAAUUGAAAACAUAGACCUGGAUGUGACAGAUCUUAAAGACACAGUGACAGACCAUAGCCGGCGUUUAAACCGGCUGGAGGGCAUCACAACAUUCCUUGACAAAAGGCUUACCUCCACCACAAAGAUGUGCAAUGAGACUUGUGGGCACAAUGGAAAAGGCCCAGCAACAGAUGAGACUGUAAAAACCUUGGAGUGGAGAGUUGUGACCAAUCAGGAGCACAUCAAGAGGUUUAACAACACCCUUAACAACCUGUCUCUGACAGGAGACUCCCUGAUUGGCAGAGUGAUCGACCUAACCAACGACAUCAACAAGAUAAAAGCUGUGACUGGACAGAACAGUGAACACUUCACCCGCAUUGUCACAGAGAUGGACACUUUGGGCAGAGAUCUCGAGGACUGUCUUGUUUGCCGCGACAUCAAGCAGGACUUGCGCUUGCUCAACAGCUCCACGACCGUCGGCCUCAACAAGUGCCAGAAGGAACUGGAUGAUCUGCGGAGGAGAGUCGACUCCGGGGAAUCCACCUGCUCACAGGUUUGCUCCAACCUUCAGGAAGAGGUGGGGCGACUUAGAGAGGACGUGGAGGAAUGUAAAGGACAGUGUAAAACCAACAUCGAUGACCUGAAGAAACGGUUGGAUGGUCACACUUUCCACAGUGGAAAAUUAGGGGGCGAUCUAAAAUCCAUCCAAGGAGAGUUGGCUAAUGUCAUGGUCACCUGUAACUCCAUUAAUAGCUCACUGAAGGACCUGGGACGGACUGUGAAGACACAUGGUACCACGCUGAUAGAUCUGUCUAACACCAACGACAACACCUUCUCUGUGGUGAACAACUUGCAGAAAGAGCUGAGGGACCAUGUAGACGACUCCAAGCUUCAGUUUGGCAAUCUGGGCAGAGAGAUCCAGAUAAUCAGGAGCAACUAUGUGACGGAGGUGGGGGAGUGCCGGCGGUCCAGUGACGGCCUGGACCGCCGGCUCCUCAAGCUGGAGGGAGUCUGCGGCCGCUUGGACUCCUUCACACUCAGCCUGGAGAAAAUCAAAGAGGGCCUGAACAGACAUGUGUCUGGCCUGUGGAGCUGCGUUAAUGGGCUCAAUGUCACCGUGACGUCCCAAGGAGAGCUUAUUGACAAUAUCCAGAACAUCCAGCUGGGCCGCGUCCACUCCAGGAUGCACAUGCUGAACUCCUCUGUGCUGGACCUGGGCAGGCGGUUCUCUGUUUUCAUGGAGCAGGACUUUAGGGGUCCACCAGGCCCUCGAGGAGAAAGAGGCGAGCCCGGACCGCAGGGUCCUGUUGGACCCCAAGGACGGGUGGGGCCUCCCGGCAAGGACGGCAGACAGGGACCAGUGGGACCCCCAGGGCUCAGAGGAGAACAGGGUCUUCAAGGGUCUGAUGCCCACGUGCCACGCCUCUCUUUCUCUGCUGCACUGACACUUCCGAUGCGGAAAAAGGGAACUAUAGAGUUCAACGAGGUGUUUGUCAACGAAAAUAAUGCCUACAACCCUAAAACAGGCACGUUCACGGCACCUCUACGCGGCAGAUACUUUUUCAGCGGCAUCCUGACAGGUCACAAAAACAUGAAGAUCGAGGCGGUGCUCUCCAAGUCCAACGUCGGCAUCGCCCGGGUGGAUUCGGCGGGAUAUGAGCCCGAAGACCUGGAGAAGCCCAUGGCCGAGGUCAAACACAUCCCCGGAGCUGUGGCUGUGUUUAACAUCAUCCUGGCCUUAGAGCCCGGGGACACGGUCUGCAUCGACCUGGUGACGGGCACGCUGGCCUACUCCCCUGAACCUCUAACCAUCUUCAGUGGGAUACUGCUGUACUAGACUGGAGGCAGUAUGAUUCCAGAGUAUGAGUUUGUCUUGUUGCGUUAAAACCUCUGUGUUUGGACUCAACGCAAAGAGCCAUGAACAGUGGGUAGGACUGAUACAACUGGACUGGAUUCAUCCAGCAAAAGAAGUAAAAAAAAAUUCACAGCUUUAAGGAACAGUUUUUCUUUGAUUGAUAUAUAUUUUUCUCUGGAAAUAAAAAAAAGCCACGGCAGGGUAAUUCUUGCACUGCUAUAAACUUGGAUACCUUACUGAUUGCAGCCGUACACCCUUCCAGUUUCACUAGUUAAAGAAUGGACAUUUAGUCAAAUGGAGAAAAACUGAAGAUGCGAGUGUUUUUAUUUAUCUGCGCUGUCCGCCCACGUCACCUCAACUCUUCAGCGUUCAUUACACGCUCUUUUAGAUGUUUCCUUUUUCUUUUCUUUUUUUUUUUUUUUACUAUGAUCAUUUCUUUUUUUUUAGUUUCUCACAGUUUGAUUUUGACCACAAGCGACUUCCCAGAAACGCAACGCUGAGUGCCAACUGUCUUGGGGGGG